AACCUGCAGGCUGUGUCCUCUUCGCUGUCCUCCUCGACUACGAGCCCUGCUUCCUGGAUACGCGUUCAGAAAAACAGAGAUUUUAUCGUCUUUACUUUGCUGCUAACCCGAAGCUCAAACACUCAUAAAGACUCAUUUAAAACACUGCCUAUGACUGUUUAAUGUCACCAAAUUACCGAUGAUAACGUAAAAGAGGCGCAGCGAGGCGGUGGGCGCAGCAGUCGCAGAAGAAAGAGCGCCACGUCACAGCUCGGCGGAGGAGUCGGAAAAACACACCCCGCCACUGAGUCCCUGUUCCCGGCGUAGGACCAAACAUCACGCACCUUUACGUCAGCGUCAAAGUGCUGCUGUGUCUCCGUGUUUGUGUGGAUAUUUUCUUACCGGAGGGGAGGGGAGGCCUGUCAACAAGCAAAAUGACGGCGUCCAACUGGGGUCUCAUCAUGAACGUGGUGAACAGCAUCGUGGGAGUGAGCGUGCUCACCAUGCCCUUCUGCUUCAAACAGUGUGGGAUAGUGCUGGGGACUCUGCUGCUUUUUUUCUGCUCGUGGAUGACCCACAAGUCCUGUAUGUUCCUGGUGCACACGGCGAGCAGCACCAAAAGAAGGACUUACGCAGGAUUAGCUUUCCAUGCGUACGGGAAAGCAGGAAAAACACUGGUGGAGACGAGUAUGAUCGGUUUGAUGUUGGGCACCUGUAUUGCCUUCUACGUCGUGAUAGCUGAUCUGGGCUCAAAUUUCUUCGCUCAGCUGUUGGGUUUACAGGUGACCUUCAGUUUUCGCGUGGUGCUGCUGAUCACUGUGUCUCUGUUCAUCGUCCUCCCUCUGAGCCUGCAGAGGAACAUGAUGUCCUCCAUCCAGUCCUUCUCAGCUAUGGCUCUCAUGUUCUACACCCUCUUCAUGUUCACGAUGGUGCUGUCCUCGUUCAAACACGGGCUGCUCAGCGGCUGGUGGAUAGGGCAGGUCAAUGUGGUGCGCUGGGAGGGUGUGUUUCGCUGUCUCCCCAUCUGUGGCAUGGCCUUCGCCUGUCAGUCGCAGGUGCUGCCGACCUACGACAGCCUGGACGAGCCGUCCGUCAAGCGCAUGAGCACCAUCUUCACCUCGGCCCUCAACGUAGUCACCAUCUUCUACAUCACUGUGGGUUUCUUCGGCUACGUCAGUUUCACGGAGAACAUCGCAGGCAACGUGCUGAUGAACUUCCCGUCCAACCUGGUGACAGAGAUGAUCCGCGUGGGCUUCAUGAUGUCCGUCGCCGUCGGGUUCCCCAUGAUGAUCCUGCCCUGCCGCCAGGCCAUCAACACCAUGCUUUUUGAGCAGCAGCAGAAGGAUGGGACGUUUGCAGCCGGGGGUUACAUGCCUCCUCUCCGCUUCAAGGCGAUCACCCUCUGCAUUGUGUUUGGCACCAUGCUGGGAGGCAUUCUCAUCCCCAACGUGGAAACCAUUCUGGGUCUGACUGGAGCCACCAUGGGCAGCCUCAUCUGCUUCAUAUGUCCCGCUCUCAUCUACAGAAAGAUCCAGAAGAAUGGCAUCAUCGCUCAGCUGGUGCUUUGGGUGGGUCUGGGCAUUCUGCUGGUCAGCACCUUGACCACCCUCUCAAUUUCAGCCAGAAGUCCUGGCAUCAAGGUCCAAGCUCCUCCUCCACCAGCACCUGACAAGAACAACCUGCUGCCAGACCUCCCUGACCUGCACGAUAAUCCUGCAAACAAGAAGCCAGUGGAGAUAGAAAAACCAGACGUUCCUGCUGUGGAAGUGGUACAACAUGUAGACAGGGCUGAGCCCCCACAGAUUAAAGGACCAGUGGAAGUUCCUGAAAGAAAGAAGAAGGAGGAAGAGGCACAGCUGGACCGCCCCGAUGCUGGCGUCGCUGUGCCAGAGGGGGAGGCCCAUCGCCACGAACCGCCCAUCCCUCAUGACGAGGUCAAGGUAGACACAAGAAACUUGGAGCCAAAGGAGGAGAAAAAACCACCCGUGGAAGAACCCCAAAAAGACGAAGAGCAAGUGCACGUUGUGAAGGUCGAGAACAAAAGAGACAACAGUGCUGAAGAGAAACCAAAGCCGGCAGAGGCUGGCCAGUCCAAUGAGGUGGUGGAGAAGCCGGUUGCGGACGUAGACAAAAAGCAGGACGUUCCCGCACUACAGAAAGUUGAGAAGCUCGAUCCUGUGAAAAAUCCUCUUCCUGGGAAUGGGGCUGCGUUAGAAAACCAGGCAGUCGGGGCAAAAGUCGACAGUGUGAUUAAAGCUCCAGAUGCUGCAGGGAAACUGGCAGUACCUGAAGGAGAGCAUCAUGCUGCUGCUGCAGAGGAGGCUCCAGCUGCAGACAGCAAAGACACAGCAGACGAGAAAUUGGAUGUGAUAAAAAAGCUGGUUGCAGAAGGCCAGCUCGACCACGCUGUGCUGCUGCAGGUGAUCAAGGAGCAGCAAGAGCAACAGAAGAGACUUCUUGACCAGCAGGAGAAACUACUGGCUGUCAUAGAAGAGCAACACAAGGAAAUCCACCAGAAACAACCGGCGGGGGCUGCUGGAGAAGGUGAGCCAGAGAAAAGCAACCAGGAACAGGAAGGUGGCGCAGCAAAGCCCAAGGAGCAGCCCAAGGAGCAGCCCAAGGAGGGAGUCGGAGCUGGAGCUGGGGUUGGAGUUGGAGUUGGGGCUGGGGCUGGAGCUGGAGCUGGAGCUCCACAGGGUGGAGUAGCUGAGCCUCAUGCCGUUGCCCAGAAUCAGGCUCAGGCUGGGGAUAAUAUUGCUAAGGUCGAGGCUCCUAAAGUAGCUGUUCAAGCAGCUUACAAGGAAGAUGUCCACGGUGCAGCUGUAGCAGAAUCCCAUAGGCAGAGUGAGCUGGGGGCGAGGGGAGUGCCACUGGGAAAGAAAAGACCCGACGACCACCAGGUUGCAGCACAAAAUGAUCAGGUAGCUCAGCCUAAUGGUGAAGAAAGAGGCCUGGACAGCGACAAAGAAAAUCAGAAAAAAGAACAGAUAAAGAAAGAGGUCCAAGCAAGACUGGAAGAGCUUGAGAGGGAGAAGAAGGAAAAGGUGGCCAGAGAACAGGAGUUAGCAAGACUAGAGAAAGAAAAGAUAGAGAAAGAAAAGAUAGAGAAAGAAGUGCAGGCAAGGGUGGAAAAAGAGCGACUGGAGAGGGAGAGACAAGAGAAGUUGGAGAGAGAGAGGAUAGAGAAAGAAGUGCAGGCAAGGGUGGAAAAAGAGCGACUGGAAAGGGAGAGAAGAGAGAAGCUGGCCAGAGAAGAGGAGCUGGAAAAAGAGAGACUCGCACAGGAGAAAGCUGCAGAAGAGAAACAGGCAGACAAUGAAAUAGUUGAGAGAGCAAGGAAAGAGAAGAAUUUGGAGGAGACUCGUGAGAGGUUGGCCCAGCUGGAGCGAGACAGAGAAGUCAGAAAUGCUGCAAAAGCUGCGCAGGGGGGUGAGAGAGAAGACCUCGAACCUUUGAAGAAUGGAGGACGAGACCUCAAAGAGAAAGCUGUUGCUCAGGCGGACCCCAGAGAAGGUGUGAGAGACGAGGCCGUCAAAGCCGAGGCUCACCCCCAGGGCUCCCCGGAGAAAGUCAGGGACCAAGGAGAGAUGGAUCUAAGGCGGAGGCGCAGGGCACUGGGACCCGGAGAGGCUGGAGGGCCUCCAGAGGAGAACGGGGGACCCAGGAGGGUGCCGGGGCUGGAGCCUCUGCUGGAGCUGGGGGGCUCCGACCUGCAUGUCGCCCUGGAGGAGCAGCUGCUGGCUGGGGCGAUGGUGCACUCACGGCAGAUUAAACAGGCCUCGGAGGACGAGAGAGCGAAAUAACACACAUCAGACACACACCUGCAGACGACUUCUAAUACUGUGGACCGUGAUAACGUUGCCUUACAUUCUUUCUUGCCUUCAGAAAUGUUAUGGACAAAGAGGAACAUUUUCUCUUUCCUAAUACUGUGUUAUAACCAAAAGUCUUUAUCAAAGAGCAAAGUGUAUGUAAAUAUUAACUUAUUUUUGUCUUUAAGAGGAGAGUUAUUGUUGAAAUGUACUGUAUAUAAACCUAUGCAAAUACCAUUUUAUGGAGUGUUAAGACAGGGUGAAUAUAUUGUUAUAUGUUUGUAUUUGAGUCACCUUAGCUGCAUUUCAUCCACCCGUUUUGUGGAGUGUGCCUCUCCGUGGGAUGUGUGCUUUAUCGUACCUCCUGUGCUCAUUUUGUGUUAAAAGUACUGGUCAAUUUGUUUUUCUCUGUGUUAUUUUAAGAUGUAAAUAUAUUUGUUGUGCGAUCAAUGUUUCAUGUGAUGUGGUUUCAGGCGCCUUGGUGUAAGUGUUGUGUUUCGCUAUACUUUCAAGUGAAAGUACCUGAAUACAACCUCACGCCGGAGCUACGAGGUAUUGAGUGUAGCCUAACUAUUUCAUAAACUACACACGGUGAAGCGGCUUCAUCCAUGGCUAGUUACUAAUCAUUCCAUCUCCUCGUUGUUUUAUCAGUGCCUUCCAAUCCGUAUGCUGCAGCAGUGAUAUUUUGUCAAAACAAAAACAAUGCGGCUGUUCUCAGUUUCAGUUUGUGGUCUUUUUUUCUUUCCGCUGGACCCCUUACUGUAAACAUUACAGUAAUUAUGAGAAAAUAUAGAUUGCGUUAACGACAUUGGAAGGAAAAUAUGUUUGUAGUCUUUCUUAGUAAUCCAACUUUUCAGAAAAUUCCUCAAUCCGUUAGCACUUUGACACAUGCUGGACCUUUUGCUUUGUACAAGAUGCUAUUUUUAUGACUAUUUUUCUAUGUGCAUUGUAUUUCUGUACAUUUUGCUAAUAAGAAUAAAUAAAAACAUCUCUAUGACGUCCA